AGAAUCGAUCGACUAGAUCAAAUCAAAGCCUUGUGUCAGUCGUUCGUUGUUACUCGACGCCAUGGUGGGGAACCACGGAGCGAUGGGCGGCCAGGUAUACCCGCCGCCGGCGCCGGCGAUGGUGCCGCAGCCGCAGCCGCACGGGCAGGUGGCCGCGAACAACUGGGUGGGCAACGACGCCAACACGCUGCUGGUGGUGUCGACGCUGAUCACCACGCUCACGUACCAGCUCGGGUGCAGCGUCCCCGGCGGGUACUGGCAGGACACGAUGCCGCUGGGGUCGGCGGACGGCAAGCAGAAGCCGCACGAGGCCGGGGACCCCAUCAUGCGCGACCUGCACUGGCAAAGGUACUGGGUGUUCAUGGCGGCGAGCUGGAUGGGGUUCCUGGGGUCCAUGAUGAUGACGCUGAGCCUGCUGGUGCGCAUGCCGGUGGACUCGCGCCAGGUCCGGUGGUCCUUCGCCGUCGCCUACUCCAGCUUGGUGCUCACCUUCAACGUGUCGCAGUCCAAGACGCACCUGUCAAUCGACAUCAUCAUCUGGGCGGUCACCGUCGUCUUCCUGUGGAUCAUGAUCAGCGUCCGCCCUGACCACCGGGCGCGUAUCUUCCGUUUCUUCUGCUGCGUCCGCGAGAACUGACGACCCAAGCUUAGUGAUGUGAUGUGAUGCCUUCGGUUGAGUAUAAGCCGCUGUGAGUUCAGAACUUUCUGCCGUCUAAAAGUUCAGAAGUUGUAAAUUUGUUUAGACUCGGAGUUAUAACAAAAUGGAACGCCUAGACGUCAAUUUAUUUAGUUAAAAUAUGUUUCA